ACCAGCGGGGCACGUCAUCUCCAUCAAUCAGGGACCUGCUGUUUCUCCUCUGAGGAAGGUCCCCACGGUCGUCCAGCCGCCUGACCAUGCGUUUGUGAAUGCAUGAGAGGCCGGGCAUGAAGUGCACCCGCGUCCAAUGAGUAUGCAGGGAGAGGUGAUAAUGACUUCCUAUCAAGAGUUAACGGCCGAAGGGGAGAGAAGAAGCCCACUGUUCACCGGCUGCUGCCGAGCAAAAGAGGUCAUAAAGCGGGACCUGUGCGCCAGGACUCAUCCUGAACUCUGCAGCCGUGAUGAGGGGAGAAAACUGGAAGUGGCUUCAAGAUUUAAUUCUCCGCAUCCUCACUACUUAACUCUCAACAACAGUUUAACUCUGUGCACCUCCUCUGUCAGCCCCCCUCUGCCUCCUUCUCCUCCUCCUCCUACUCCUCCUCCAGUGUUUGUGUUUGAGACUCUCGGGGGCUCCUCCACACCGGCCUGCCCCCACUCGUCCCGUGUCCCCUGGCGGUGCAGGGCGCAGGGGCAAAACUCUCCAAGACGCGGACACUGUGCGUCAAAGGACGACGAGACGGGACCUGGCGAUUUUAUGUCACUUUCAGACCAAACUAUUCAAAUCCACUCUUACAGUGGCCUCAACACUGACGUCGCCGUCCGAAGUUCGCUCAGAUCAGACUCUAACAUCAUGGCUGAUACGGAUGAAACUUUUAAGUGGAUGAGAAUAAAGAGGAGUCUGCACAGGGCGGCCGGAGUCCACAUGACCUGCGGGUUCAGUGUUGUUGGCUCGGGUGUCGAAGCUAUGAAGGCUGGAGUAAGAAGCAGCGGCAGCAGCAGCAGCAGUAGCAGCAGCAGCAGAGUCUGCGCGGUGGGUCAUCCCAGCACGAUGACCGGGACCCCGAGGACCAGCUUCAGCACCAAGCAGCUGACCGAGCUGGAGAAGGAGUUCCACUUCAACAAGUACCUGACGCGGGCCAGGCGGGUGGAGGUCGCCUGCGCCCUGCAGCUCAGCGAGACGCAGGUGAAAGUGUGGUUUCAGAACAGACGCAUGAAGCAGAAGAAAUUACAGAGGCACGGCUUGUUCUCAGAGUCGGGGCCCGCGGCUCUGCACUCAGACACCCCGGACACCUGCCUCUCCUCCCUGGGACCGACCUCACCGAAACACCUGCCCCUGAACUCCUGAGCCGCUGGAGCAGCAUCAACCUGCACCUUUUUCAUCCGCGUUUGCAUCGGUUUCACUGAGGCUUCACCUAUAUUUGCUUACACCACGAUGGAUGAUUAUUACAAGAAGCGAGCAAUGGCGAAACUUCUUCAUGCAACAACGGGUCAAAACAAUCAGUCAUCCUCGCCGGCCUCAGACUGGCGCUCUGAUUUGAAUAUUAAAAUUCAAGUCAUUACAUUUCGCGAUCCCAUCUUCUACACAAUGUAAACGACGACAUACAAACUUUAUAUUGAUUGUGAAGCGAUGCAGUGUUUAUUUAUUUUGUACAAUUAUACAGGAACAGACCGUGAAUAUAUUUAUUUAACAGGA